AUGAAUAUGGUGAAGAGGAUCAUGGGCCGGCCACGGCAGGAGGAGUGUAGCCCCCAGGAUAAUGCGCUGGGCUUGAUGCAUCUGCGUCGCCUCUUCACAGAGCUCUGUCAUCCUCCACGGCACAUGACCCAGAAAGAACAAGAAGAAAAACUUUACAUGAUGUUGCCGGUUUUUAACAGGGUGUUUGGAAAUGCUCCUCCAAGUACAAUGACAGAAAAAUUUUCUGACCUGCUGCAGUUUACCACUCAAGUGUCACGAUUGAUGGUGACUGAAAUUCGACGGAGAGCAUCAAAUAAGUCCACAGAGGCUGCAAGUCGUGCCAUAGUCCAGUUUCUGGAGGUCAAUCAAAGUGAAGAAGCAAGUAGAGGUUGGAUGCUGCUUACCACAAUCAAUUUACUAGCUUCAUCAGGACAGAAAACUGUGGACUGCAUGACUACAAUGUCAGUGCCUUCCACACUUGUUAAAUGUCUAUAUCUGUUUUUUGACCUUCCACAUGUGCCUGAGGUAGUUGGAGGAGCACAGAAUGAACUACCUCUCGCAGAGCGCCGAGCGCUACUACAGAAAGUCUUUGUACAGAUCCUAGUAAAAUUGUGCAGUUUCGUGUCCCCGGCGGAAGAACUGGCUCAAAAGGAUGAUCUUCAGCUUCUAUUCAGUGCAAUAACCUCAUGGUGCCCUCCCUAUAAUCUGCCUUGGAGGAAGAGUGCAGGGGAAGUACUAAUGACCAUAUCGCGUCACGGCCUUAGUGUCAAUGUAGUGAAAUACAUUCACGAAAAGGAAUGUUUGUCCACAUGUGUUCAGAACAUGCAGCAGUCCGAUGACCUUUCUCCCCUAGAAAUAGUUGAGAUGUUUGCUGGACUUUCUUGUUUUCUCAAAGACUCCAGUGAUGUAUCCCAAACGUUGUUGGAUGAUUUUAGGAUAUGGCAAGGAUACAACUUCCUCUGUGACCUCCUCCUCAGAUUAGAACAGGCAAAAGAGGCUGAAUCUAAGGAUGCUUUGAAGGACUUAGUUAAUUUGAUAACUUCCUUAACAACAUAUGGUGUCAAUGAAUUAAAGCCAGCUGGUGUUACCACUGGAGUACCUUUCCUACUACCUGGAUUUGCGGUCCCACAGCCUGCAGGCAAAGGUCACAGUGUGAGGAAUAUUCAAGCAUUUUCGGUCCUCCAGAAUGCAUUUUUGAGAGCAAAAACCAGCUAUCUAGCACAAAUCAUCCUUGAUGCCAUCACAAAUAUUUAUAUGGCAGACAAUGCCAACUACUUCAUUUUGGAAUCGCAGCACACAUUGUCUCAGUUUGCAGAGAAAAUUCCUAAGCUUCCAGAAGUGCAGACCAAAUACUUUGAGAUGCUGGAAUUUGUUGUCUUCAGCUUGAAUUACAUACCCUGUAAAGAACUGAUCAGUGUGAGCAUCCUUUUAAAAUCCAGCGCUUCAUUUCAGUGUAGCAUCAUUGCCACGAAGACACUCCUUAAGUUCACCCGUCACGACUACAUUUUUAAGGAUGUGUUCAGGGAAGUGGGUCUUCUGGAGGUGAUGGUAAAUCUUCUUCAUAAAUAUGCAGCCCUUCUGAAAGAUCCCACUCAAGCACUGAAUGAUCAAGGGGAUUCAAGAAAUAGUUCAUUUGAGGACCAAAAGCAACUGGCUUUAUUGGUUAUGGAGACCUUGACAGUACUACUACAAGGAUCAAACACAAAUGCAGGUAUUUUCAGGGAGUUUGGUGGUGCGAGGUGUGUGCACAACAUAGUAAAGUAUCCCCAGUGCCGACAACAUGCCCUGAUGAUCAUCCAGCAGUUGGUGUUAUCACCUAGUGGAGAAGAUGAUAUGGGCACUUUGUUGGGACUUAUGCACUCAGCUCCACCUACGGAACUGCAGCUGAAAACGGACAUCUUAAGGGCCCUCCUCUCAGUGCUGAGAGAAAGUCACCGCACAAGAACUGUUUUUAGAAAAGUUGGUGGAUUUGUGUAUGUCACAUCUUUACUCGUUGCUAUGGAAAGAUCUUUGUGCUCGCCACCGAAGAAUGGCUGGGAGAAAGUAAACCAGAAUCAAGUGUUUGAACUGCUUCACACUGUGUUCUGCACAUUGACUGCAGCAAUGCGCUACGAGCCAGCCAACUCUCAUUUCUUCAAAACAGAGAUCCAGUAUGAAAAACUGGCAGAUGCUGUUCGAUUACUUGGCUGCUUCUCAGACUUGAGAAAAAUAAGCCCCUUGAAUGUCUUCCCUUCAAAUACACAACUAUUUCAAAGACUUUUGGAGGAUGACCUAAUAUCCCUGGAUUCUGUGUCACCUACACUAAGACACUGCAGCAAACUUUUUAUUUACCUCUACAAGGUAGCAACAGAUUCUUUUGACAGUCGUGCAGAACAGAUCCCUCCUUGCCUGACAAAUGAGACUUCUCUCCCCUCUCCCUGGGGUACGCCAGCUUUGUCCAGGAAAAGGCAUGCAUAUCACUCUGUUUCAACACCUCCUGUUUGCCCUCAAAAAAACAUAGCUGAUGUGAAACUCCAAACAGGAUCCACAUCCGUACAAAGCUCUGAUGCGGUCAUUAUCCACCCUGGUGCUAUGCUCGCGAUGCUGGAUCUUCUGGCCUCUGUUGGAUCAGCUACACACCCAGAGCAUGCGCUGGAUCUCCAGCUGGCAGUGGCCAAUAUCCUGCAAUCUCUAGUGCAUACCGAGAGAAACCAGCAAGUCAUGUGUGAAGCCGGGCUCCAUGCACGACUUCUACAAAGAUGUAGCGCUGCUCUGGCUGAUGAGGACCACUCGCUGCAUCCGCCACUCCAAAGGAUGUUUGAAAGGCUGGCCUCCCAGGCUCUGCAGCCGAUGGUGUUGAGGGAAUUUUUACGCUUGGGAAAUCCUUUGAAUUGUGGAGCUUGGGACAAAAAGCUGUUGAAACAGUACCGAGUGCACAAACCCAGCUCACUGAGUUUUGAACCGGAAAUGAGAAGUAGCAUGGUUACCUCAAUGGAAGGUCUGGGUUCUGACAGCGUCUUCGGUUUGCAUGAAGACAGCCACUAUCGGAUAAGCAAGAGCCUGCUCAAGCCAGCAGAAGGGAGCACAGUACCCCUGACGAGAGUGAAGUGUUUGGUUUCCAUGACAACCCCACAUGAUAUCAGGCUUCACGGAUCAUCAGUUACACCAGCAUUCAUUGAGUUUGACACGUCUCUUGAAGGGUUCGGCUGCCUGUUUUUGCCAAGUUUGGCGCCCCAUAAUGCACCUACAACUAAUGCUGUUACCACAGGACUUAUUGAUGGUGCAGUUGUCAGUGGAAUGGGAACUGGUGAAAGAUUUUUCCCACCGCCAUCUGGUUUAAGCUACUCAACUUGGUUUUGUAUUGAACAUUUUAGUACGCCUCCUAAUAACCAUCCUGUGAGACUUCUUACUGUAGUGAGGCGUGCAAACUCCUCGGAGCAGCAUUAUGUAUGCCUUGCCAUUGUUCUCUCAGCAAAAGACCGGUCACUGAUUGUUUCAACUAAAGAAGAAUUGCUUCAAAAUUAUGUUGAUGACUUCAGUGAGGAAUCGUCAUUUUAUGAAAUUCUUCCCUGUUGUGCCCGUUUCCGUUGUGGUGACCUCAUUGUGGAAGGCCAGUGGCAUCACCUAGUUCUGGUCAUGAGUAAAGGCAUGCUAAAGAACAGCACAGCUGCGCUCUACCUUGAUGGACAGCUUGUCAACACUGUUAAGCUUCACUAUAUUCAUAGUAGUCCUAGUGGGUCUGGUUCUGCCAAUCCACCUGUAGUCAGCACUGUUUAUGCCUAUAUUGGCACGCCACCUGCACAGCGCCAGCUCUCUUCAUUAGUGUGGCGUUUGGGCCCUACGCAUUUCCUGGAGGAAGUUUUGCCUGCCCCGGGUGUUAGCACCAUUUUUGAACUGGGACCAAAUUAUGUUGGAAGUUUUCAAGCAGUAUAUAUACCAUGCAAAGAUUCCAAGUCUGAAGGCAUCAACCCAUCUCCAGUAUCUUUGGUACCAGAAGAGAAGGUUUCUUUUGGUCUCUAUGCUCUGUCAGUUUCUUCAUUUACAGUGGCAAAAAUAAGGAAAGUUUACAACAAAUUGGAUAGUAAAGCUAUUGCCAAACAGCUGGCGAUUUCUUCUCAUGAAAAUGCCACACCCGUGAAGCUGCUACAUAACUCAGCAGGGCAUUUGAAUGGACCAGCACGCUCCAUUGGUGCAGCUUUGAUAGGAUAUUUGGGAGUAAGAACAUUUGUCCCCAAGCCUGUUGCCACUACACUGCAGUACAUUGGUGGAGCUGCAGCUAUUCUGGGACUUGUAGCCAUGGCAUCAGAUGUAGAAGGGUUGUAUGCAGCUGUGAAGGCCUUGGUCUGUGUGGUAAAGAGCAAUCCACUAGCCAGCAAAGAAAUGGAAAGAAUCAAAGGUUAUCAGUUGUUGGCAAUGCUGUUAAAGAAGAAACGAUCCCUUCUGAACAGCCACAUACUCCAUCUGACCUUUUCCUUGGUGGGAACUGUCGAUAGCGGGCAUGAGACAUCCAUUAUUCCAAAUUCUGCUGCCUUCCAGGAUCUGCUCUGUGAUUUUGAAGUCUGGCUUCAUGCACCCUAUGAGCUUCAUCUGUCAUUAUUCGAGCACUUCAUCGAGCUUCUCACUGAGUCAAGUGAAGCGGCAAAGAAUGCUAAGUUAAUGAGGGAAUUCCAGCUCAUCCCAAGACUGCUCUUGACUCUUCGAGAUAUGUCUCUGUCCCAGCCUACUAUUGCUGCUAUUAGUAACGUGCUGAGCUUUUUGCUUCAAGGCUUCCCUAGCAGCUACGACUUGCUCAGGUUUGGACAGUUCAUCUCUUCCACUUUACCUACGUUUGCAGUCUGUGAGAAGUUUGUAGUCAUGGAAAUAAACAAUGAAGAAAAGCUUGACAGUGGAACAGAGGAUGAUUUUGGAGGACUUGUUUCAGCUAAUCUUAUUCUACUGCGGAACAGGCUUUUAGAUAUCCUUCUGAAACUUCUAUAUACAUCUAAAGAAAAAACGGCUGUUAAUUUGCAAGCUUGUGAAGAACUGGUCAAGACACUGGGUUUUGAUUGGAUUAUGAUGUUUAUGGAAGAACAUCUGCAUUCCACCACGGUCACAGCAGCCAUGCGAAUUCUUGUGGUCCUGUUGAGUAAUCAGUCCAUCCUUAUCAAAUUUAAGGAGGGUCUCAGUGGUGGAGGUUGGCUCGAUCAGACGGAUUCUGUCUUGACCAAUAAGAUUGGUACUGUGCUAGGGUUCAAUGUUGGCAGGAGCGCUGGUGGCAGAUCGACGGUCCGGGAGAUUAACCGGGAUGCUUGUCACUUCCCAGGCUUUCCUGUUCUGCAGUCCCUUCUCCCAAAGCACACUAAUGUACCUGCACUCUAUUUCCUCCUCAUGGCCCUUUUCCUGCAGCAGCCAGUCACUGAACUGCCCGAAAACCUGCAGGUCAGUGCACCUGUCAUCAGCAGCCGAUGUAAUCAGGGUUGCCAGUUUGAUUUAGACUCUAUUUGGACAUUCAUAUUUGGAGUUCCUGCCUCCUGUGGCACCGUUACCUCUUCAAUACACAAUGUAUGCACAGAAGCUGCCUUCUUGUUACUGGGAAUGCUGAGGAGCAUGCUGAAUUCUCCUUGGCAGUCGGAGGAAGAAGGCUCUUGGCUUCGAGAAUAUCCAGUCACCUUGAUGCAGUUCUUUCGAUAUUUGUAUCAUAACGUGCCGGACCUCAUUUCCUUGUGGAUGAGUCCAGAGUUCCUGUGUGCACUGGCAGCAACAGUGUUUCCUUUCAACAUACGACCUUACUCUGAGAUGGUCACGGAUCUUGAUGAUGAAGUUGGGUCCCCAGCUGAAGAGUUUAAAGCCUUUGCAGCUGAUUCUGGCAUGAACAGGAGCCAAUCGGAAUACUGCAAUGUUGGCACCAAGACAUACCUAACCAACCAUCCUGCCAAGAAGUUUGUAUUUGACUUCAUGCGUGUGCUGAUAAUUGAUAACUUAUGUCUCACACCAGCCAGCAAACAGACUCCACUGGUAGAUCUUCUGCUAGAGGCUUCCCCUGAAAGAUCAACACGAACACAGCAGAAGGAAUUUCAGACAUAUGUUUUGGAUGGAGUGAUGGACCACUUACUUGCAGCUGAUGUUUUAUUGGGUGAAGAUGCGUCUCUGCCUAUAACGAGUGGAGGAAGCUACCAAGUGCUGGUGAACAAUGUGUUUUAUUUUACACAGCGUGUGGUAGAUAAGCUUUGGCAGGGCAUGUUCAACAAAGAAUCCAAACUUCUUGUGGACUUCAUAAUCCAGCUCAUUGCACAGUCAAAAAGAAGAUCUCAGGGACUAUCGCUGGAUGCUAUUUAUCACUGCCUGAACAGGACCAUCUUGUAUCAGUUCUCAAGGCCGCACAAAACAGUUCCUCAGCAAGUGGCUCUCCUUGAUUCCCUAAGGGUCCUUACUGUGAACAGAAACUUAAUUUUGGGACCUGGAAAUCAUGAUCAAGAGUUCAUCAGCUGCCUAGCACACUGCUUGAUUAAUCUGCACGUGGGAAGCAAUGUUGAUGGGUUUGGACUGGAAGCAGAAGCCAGGAUGACAACUUGGCACAUUAUGAUCCCCUCUGAUAUAGAACCAGAUGGAGUCUACAAUCAAGAUGUCAGCGAAGGUCGCCAGCUUCUUUUAAAAGCCAUAAACAGAGUGUGGACAGAGCUGAUCCAUAGUAAAAAACAGGUUUUAGAAGAAGUUUUCAAAGUGACGCUACCUGUCAAUGAUCGUGGCCAAGUGGAUAUAACUGUUGCAAGACCUCUUAUUGAGGAAGCAAGUUUAAAGUGUUGGCAAAAUCAUUUGGCUCAUGAGAAGAAAUGCAUCAGUAGAGGGGAGGCUUUGGUUCCAACCACACAGUCCAAACUUUCACGAGUUAGCAGUGGGUUCGGACUCUCUAAACUAACUGGUUCCAGGAGAAAUCGCAAGGAGAGUGGGCUCAAUAAACACAACCUCUCUACGCAGGAAAUUUCCCAGUGGAUGUUUACUCACAUUGCAGUGGUUCGGGACCUGGUUGAUAUGCAAUAUAAGGAAUAUCAGGAGCGUCAGCAGAAUGCAUUAAAAUACGUGACAGAAGAGUGGUCUCAAAUUGAAUACGAGUUACUGCGAGAGCGAGGUUUGUGGGGUCCCCCCAUUGGCUCCCAUCUUGACAAGUGGAUGUUGGAGAUGACUGAGGGUCCCUGCAGAAUGAGGAAAAAGAUGGUGCGAAACGACAUGUUUUAUAUUCAGUAUCCCUACAUGCCUGAAGCUGAGCAAGAAACAAACUUGCUGUCUGACUUCUCAAGUAGACUCCCUGAGACAUCUGAUGAUACCAUUCCUCAAAAGAAACCAGCUCGUUACCGAAGAGCUAUAAGUUAUGACAGUAAGGAAUACUACAUGCGCCUGGCUUCUGGAAACCCUGCAGUUUUUCAGGAUGCUAUAGAAGAGAAUACAGUGGGUGAAACAACUCAGCAGGAGCCAGAACACGGGGAGGACACAAUUGCAAGAGUCAAAGGCCUGGUGAAGCCUCCCCUGAAACGAUCUCGCUCUGCUCCUGACGGAGGAGAUGAUGAGAACCAGGACCAGUCACAGGAUCAAAUUGUUGAGGGGAGUUCAAUUGAUGAAGAGGAGAAGACUGACAAUACAACUUUGCUUCGACUUCUUGAAGAAGGAGAGAAGAUUCAGCAUAUGUACCGCUGCGCUCGGGUUCAGGGCCUUGACACCAGUGAAGGGCUGCUUCUCUUUGGGAAAGAGCACUUCUAUGUCAUUGAUGGAUUUACCAUGACAGCCACUAGGGAAAUACGAGAUAUUGAGACACUGCCUCCAAAGAUGCAUGAACCAAUCAUACCUAGGGGAGCAAGGCAAGGUCCAAGUCAACUCAAAAGAACAUGCAGCAUUUUUGCUUAUGAAGAUAUCAAGGAAGUACAUAAAAGGAGAUACCUUUUGCAGCCAAUUGCAAUUGAAGUUUUCUCUGGAGAUGGACGGAACUAUCUUCUAGCUUUCCAAAAAGGGGUUAGAAACAAAGUUUAUCAAAGGUUUUUGGCUGUGGUGCCAUCUCUAACCGACAGUUCAGAGUCGGUGUCUGGGCAGAGACCAAACACCAGUGUAGAGCAAGGGUCUGGCUUGCUUAGCACUUUAGUGGGAGAGAAGUCUGUUACUCAAAGAUGGGAGAGAGGAGAAAUCAGUAACUUCCAGUACCUGAUGCACUUAAACACUCUGGCGGGCAGAUCCUAUAAUGAUCUCAUGCAGUACCCUGUCUUUCCCUGGAUCCUCGCAGACUAUGAUUCAGAGGAACUGGAUCUUACAAAUCCCAAGACGUUCAGAAACCUGGCCAAGCCCAUGGGAGCUCAAACAGAAGACAGGUUAGCCCAGUACAAGAAGCGAUACAAAGAUUGGGAAGAUCCCAAUGGGGAAACUCCAGCUUAUCACUAUGGGACACACUAUUCAUCAGCCAUGAUAGUGGCUUCCUAUCUUGUCCGGAUGGAGCCUUUUACUCAGAUUUUCUUACGGUUACAGGGCGGUCACUUUGACCUGGCAGACCGAAUGUUUCACAGCGUACGGGAGGCUUGGUAUUCAGCGUCAAAGCACAACAUGGCAGACGUGAAGGAGCUCAUCCCAGAGUUCUUCUACCUCCCUGAGUUCCUACUCAAUUCCAACAAUUUUGACCUAGGGUGCAAACAAAAUGGCACUAAACUUGGCGAUGUAAUACUCCCCCCAUGGGCAAAAGGAGAUCCUCGUGAAUUUAUCAGAGUUCAUCGGGAGGCUCUGGAAUGUGACUUUGUGAGUGCACACCUGCAUGAGUGGAUUGACUUGAUCUUUGGCUAUAAACAGCAAGGUCCUGCUGCAGUAGAAGCUGUAAAUGUCUUUCACCAUCUCUUCUAUGAGGGACAAGUGGACAUAUAUAACAUCAAUGAUCCUUUAAAAGAGACAGCUACCAUAGGAUUCAUUAAUAACUUUGGACAGAUACCAAAGCAGCUCUUUAAAAAACCACACCCACCAAAGCGUGUUAGAAGCCGACUGAAUGGAGAGACUGUGGGAACCUCUGUGCCCCCUGGUUCCACAAGUGACAAGAUUUUUUUCCAUCAUUUGGACAACCUGCGGCCAUCUCUUGCUCCAGUGAAAGAGCUCAAGGAGCCUGUGGGACAGAUCGUAUGUACUGAUAAAGGCAUUCUGGCAGUAGAACAGAAUAAGGUUCUCAUCCCACCUACAUGGAAUAAAACUUUUGCGUGGGGCUAUGCAGACCUCAGCUGUAGACUGGGUACCUACGAGUCGGACAAGGCAGUCAUUGUUUACGAAUGUUUGUCAGAAUGGGGUCAGAUACUGUGUGCCAUUUGCCCCAACCCCAAACUAGUUAUCACUGGAGGAACAAGCACAGCGGUCUGUGUGUGGGAAAUGGGCAUCUCCAAAGAGAAAGCUAAAGCCCUCACACUGAAACAGGCGUUACUGGGUCAUACGGAUACUGUCACCUGCUUAACAGCAUCGCUAGCUUAUCACAUAAUUGUGAGUGGAUCACGGGAUCGCACCUGCAUCAUCUGGGAUUUGAAUAAACUCUCUUUUCUAACACAGCUUCGAGGUCACAGGGCUCCAGUUUCAGCACUCUGUAUAAAUGAAUUAACGGGGGAUAUUGUAUCAUGUGCUGGCACUUAUAUCCAUGUAUGGAGCAUUAAUGGCAGCCCUACAGCAAGUGUAAACACUUUCACUGGCCGAAGCCAGCAAAUAAUGUGUUGCUUUGUGUCAGAGAUGAAUGAGUGGGAUACCCAGAAUGUCAUAGUAACGGGACAUUCGGAUGGAGUUGUCCGGUUCUGGCGGAUGGAGUUUUUGCAAGUACCAGAAACACCAGCUCCAGAGCCUGUGGAGAUGCUGGAAAUGCAAGAGGACUGUCAGGAAGCACAAAUAGGGCAGGAAGCCCACGAAGAGGACAGCAGUGACUCCGAGGCAGACGAUGCAUGUAUAGGCCAGGACACGAAACUGCAGGAGAGCCAGAGUCAACCAAGCAGCACCAGCCACAGGCCUAGGUCAUCGUCAAACAGAGCAGCAGCAGCAUGGUCAGCAGACAGCGGCUCUGAUGACUCCAGGCGUUGGUCAGACCAGCUCAGCUUGGAUGAGAAAGAUGGCUUUAUCUUUGUGAAUUAUUCUGAGGGACAAGCAAAAAUGCACCCCCAUGCUCAGGUUAACCACCCGCACCCCAGCUACGCUGAAGCACGGCACUACAGCAAGCUUAAACCAGGAUACAGAUGGGAGCGUCAGUUGGUGUUUAGAAGCAAACUAACUAUGCACACAGCAUUUGAUCGCAAAGACAACGCACAUCCAGCAGAAAUCACUGCACUCGGCAUCUCUAAGGAUCACAGCAGAAUUCUUAUUGGGGAUGGUCGAGGCAGAGUGUUCAGCUGGUCCGUAAGCGAUCAGCCUGGCCGAUCUGCAGCUGAUCACUGGGUGAAGGACGAGGGGGGAGACAGCUGUUCAGGCUGCGCAGUCCGUUUUUCACUCACUGAGAGGCGUCACCAUUGCAGGAACUGUGGACAGCUCUUCUGCCAGAAGUGCAGUAGGUUUCAGUCUGAAAUCAAGCGUCUGAAGAUUUCGUCACCAGUCAGAGUCUGCCAGAACUGCUUCUACAACCUGCAGCAUGAGCGGGGUUCAGAGGAGGGGCCCAGAAAUUGAUGGGGUCCUGGCAAACGGAGACCCCAUCCAGCCUCACCGUGGGAGAGUAUCAUGCAGUGAUCAGAAGGGAUUAGAAUAUUGUCUGUUUACACUUAAGUUUAUACUGAGUUUUAAGCACUAAAAGCAAAAAGGGAUCAUUGAAUUGAUUUGUGUUGACAGAAGCUAAAUGAGGCUAACAGCAUAAUUAAGUGAAGAGCAAAGCCCAGGAAGACAUGAUUAAUAACCACAAAUCCAAUAGAACUGUCAACCCCUAAACCUAUGUUGACGUGGCUAUCGAGAAAAUCCUCACUUAUUCUAAACACCCGUUCUUGUCUUGUUUUUGUAGAGCUAGUCAUCUUUAUCGGGGGGAGGGAGAGGGGAAGGCUUUUUAGAAGAUAGUUGUAAAUCUGCCUUCUUCGCAAGCAACUGUGUAUAUUGUAAAUAGGUAUAAUGGCCUUUUUAUCUAAAUAUGAACUUAACUGCCUGUUACAUGGGACUUCAGAUUAACCACUAUACUUUGUGUGGCAUCUUUAUCUCAUCUAUCAAUUUAAAUACGAAUGUUUAAAA